AUGGAAUUGAGUAAUAUAGAAACACAGCCAAGAAGUAUGUCUAAAGAAUCUCUUGCUUGCUCUUUCUUUGUUAAAUAUGAUGCUGAAAUCUUCAUUGUUCCAGUUGAAGAUUUAGCGAAUAUUGGAAUAGCAUCUGCAACAUUUAGUUUCUUAAUAAGGUGCUAUCUGCUAAAAAGAAGCACGCAUUGGCGAUUUUACUAUGAAACUAAAAAUUUGGGAAGAAGUUUUGUUGAAUGUGAUCAAUUUUAUAACUGGGGGAAGCUUUUAAAGGCAGGUACAAUUACAUUGAAUAAAGAGGCAUGUUGUUCCUUAAUAGCAUUCUUCUUCGACAAGAACAACAAGAUCACUAAUUGGUUUGGUUGGGCUCGACUUUUGUUGGCGAUCGUUGAUAAGUGGAAGUUCGAAGAACGCGCAGUGCUUAUCAAUAUUUUAUUUAAUUUGACCCAUUUCCACAAAUUACUUGGUCGAAUUUUUUCCGAAGUUGCAGGAAAAUACGUCGAAUUUCAUGAUAUAUCGAAAUUCAUGACGCGUACGAAUUUAUUUACUCAGGUACCAGUGACCCGUAAAGCAUAUGAUAAUUUGGAAAUGCUGUUUGACGGUGAUAUCUUCUUUGAACCUAUCUUUGUACAUUCACUGAUUAACAUAACCUCCCCUUAUUCUGUUUCAAAAAGUUCAGAAAUUACACGUUGUGCGUGGCAUAAAAAACGAGUUUUAUAUUUGUUCAAAGAGAUGACAAGCACUCCUUACGCUUGGCCAACACAUAACUUAACUAAGGUUAUUGCUAUUUAUCCGACACUAAUACUUUAUAUUUUUUAUACACGUGUGACGGAAGGAUGUGUGGAAGAAGCAGUAAAUAUCUUCCAUGCUAUCAAACAUAUUGCUUUACGUUCGGGUCCAUCUGAAGAAUUUGAAUCUGAUCAAAUAUAUCAGACAUUUAAAACUUUGUGUGUGAUGUUUCGUCAAUUAUUUUUGUUCGACUGUUAA